AUGGAUAUUAUAACAGUUGUACACCAAAGUCCUUCAUCUCCAACUGGUAGUAGAAACCCUCUACUGCCCAGAACAAUAUCACCUCCGCAGACGCCGGCAAAUAACAUUCGUCGCAAAGGAUCUUUCAUCAGGGCAAUCCUAGACUCUUCGGAAGAAUCUCCGCUAAGUUCUGACAAUUCAAUAUUCGAAGCAUUUCUGUUUUCCAAUAGCAAUAGUGAGGACAGUAUACAUAAAUCUGAUACAUUACUACAUUCCAAGCAAGUAGCCUGCGAGGUUUCUCUAUCUAAUGACGAAAACAUGAAACAGAAAUCAACCUCUACUCAACCCGAAACUACAACCACCACGGAAUUUCUCUAUGGUCAUGGCACGGUAUUAGAUACCAUAACGGAACAAAAGAGUUAUGGCACUAUGCGUAGUGUCACUCGGACCAAAUCAGCAGAUGAUAUAUCCACCAUUCGUAGCGUCGCUCGUACGAAAUCCGCAGAGGGCAUCUCUACUUCUCCACUUCUUGGUCAUCGCGAUAGUUUUACAAUAGCCAAAAAUCGCCCUCGACAUAAGCAAUCUUUCAGUCUUGACGAUAUAUGGUGCAUUAAGGAUUCCUAUCAUGACGCAUGUGCCAUGAUUGAUCAAGCUGCCCGACGCACAUUAUCCAUCCAUGAAAUUUAUGCCAAACCCAAAGAACCUCUUCUUGCACCCCCAGAACGCCCUGAUACACCACCAGGAUGUCCCUCUUGGACCGAAGCACAAAGACCUGGUCCACGCCAGCAUUUAAUACCUCAUCAUACUCGUCUUCAAAGACUUCUAAGAAUGCCAUCAUCAGGGCUCACACUUUCAUCAACACCUGCGAGAUCUUUCUUCACCGGGAGGGCAGUAUCGGCUCCAGGACUCACAAGACUUCCUCCUCGUUUCAGAGCCCCAAGAAGUGUAUACUCAGCCAUCGACACUCAUCCAUUCAGCAGCGCACCAGUCCAUAAAAUUGAUUCUGAACCACCAAUCGAAGCACCGCGUCUUAUCGUCGCCCCAAUCUUGAGCCACCAUCCUCGAACUUCUUCACUACCUUCAACUGCUCCUUUGACAUCGGCGAAUCCAACCGCCAAAGGCAAAGGAAAAGCCAAAUCCAAAUUUGUUCGUUUCACUCCCUCAGCCACUGCGCGCGACUCCGAAAUACUUAAUUUACAACACGCAAUUGAAGCAACUAGUUCGACAGCUCUUCAUCCCUUGGUCGAUCACAGUUCCAACAUUCAUUCUGUACCAAUAAAAAUACCAAAAUGUCCGCAUAGAAAAGGAAGAAGACAGGCUAUGAACGAAGUAAAUCGGAGAUUCAAUUCGCCAGUUGAUACUUAUCAAGUUCCAAGCAGCAAUCAGUACCUACCCCUUCCGUCCGUGGCAACUCUUCCCAAACUGCAGAUGCCUAGUAUGAGGGGCUUGCGAUCGAUGGGCGAUUCGGCAGUUUCCCUUCAUGCUUCUACAAAUUCUAGCGAGAGACAUCCUACAUCAAUUGACAUCAAUCAUGGCGCCAACAGAGAUAACGAUGCAAUGCGUAGAGUAUCCCUAUCUCCCUCUCUCAUCAGCGACAUUAAUGCCGAAUUCCCACUUACAAGUCGAGACGACGUCGAUCUCGGCAUCAUCGAUCUGGAACAUGAAAAUCGUACAAGUGUUCAUACGAGAUCUCCAGGUACGCCAUUAACAUCUCGAUCAGUAUCUUUAAACACGAGUGUGAAUACGAGUGGAUACUUCAUGACUGGCGCAUUGCAUGUCCCGCAUAUAGAAAGGGGAGAGCAACAAGCGCUUAAUGUGCCGAUUUUAACAGGAGCAAGAAUGAUGAAUGUAUGGAGUCCGGGUUUGAGAAUGGGUGGAGAUGGAUAUGGAACGAGGAUUUCUGAGAGGGAUUCCGCCAGUGCUGCGAGAGUGGAAGAGAAAAAGGAUAUUGAUAAGAGUCUUUGUUGGAAAUGUAGAGUUAUAGGUGCGAAGAGGAAAGUGGAAGAUUGGUUGGAUAAAGGGAGUGAUUGGGUUUGCUUUGUUUGUUGUGGGAGGUGGGAAGAGGGGCUAGAGGAGGAGAGAAGGGGAGAGGCGGAGAGGAGGAGAAGAAUUGUUUUGGGAGGAGUCCCGGGAGUGGGCAUUUAG